GAAAAGAAUAACCAAUAAGAUCAACGAUCUUAUUGGUUAUUCUGUAUAUAUUCUGUAUAAUGUGACAUGAUUGAAACAUUUGAUUUCAUGCUGUCAUUUUUGGGGUAAUUUGGCCCUAAAAAGUUAAUAGAAUAACGUCACGUCGAGUCUGUUUUAAUAAAAUGCAUAAAUAAAGAAUAAUAACGAUGAUCCUAAUCGGUCAGUCUUACAGCAGGAGGCCUUUUUGGUAAUGAGGUUUUGUCCCUCUAAUUCAUUCUUCUGAAAACAUCGAUUGGCCACACGGCCAACACUUUAAUUGCUCCCAUUGAUUGAUAGUAUAAAAACACAACAAUGCAGCAGCCACAUAGCCCGGGUGGUUUCCCCCCUAUAAGAAAGCUGGCUGAGUGAAUUGGGUGUAGCUGUGUCUGUGUGCGCCUUGGCCAAUGGAACCAGAUCCUCCCUGCAGUGCGUAAGAGCGCGAUUUAGGAUUUAACCAAGUCUUUGCUGCGGGGCUGGCUGCAGUCUUCACCAGAGCCCGACGGCCCGAGAGCCUUUCAACAAUGCCAGUGUAGUUUUCACACCACUUUGGAGUCAGACUGCCUCGUUUUUUUGCUAAUUAAAUAAAACAAACCCACGCGUUCCCUAUCGAAGUAUGACUGGAGUAUUCGACCGGAGGAUCCCGAGUGUGAAACCUGCAGACUUCCAGAGCUCCUUUCAACUCUCCACCAUGCACCAUCCGUCUCAGGAAUCUCCUACUUUACCCGAGUCCACCACCACGGAUUCUGGCUAUUACAGUCCCGCCGCUGGAGUCACUCACGGCUACUGCUCGCCCAGCCCCACCUCGUACGGGAAGCCGCUCAAUGCCUACCAGUACCAGUACCCGGGUGUAAAUGGAUCCGCUGGAAAUUACUCGACAAAAUCCUACACUGAUUACAGCUCGUACACGACCCCCGCCUACCACCAGUAUGCUGGGACUUACAGCAGAGUGCAAGCCCAGCCGAGUCCACAAGAAAAGGAGAUAAGCGAGCCUGAGGUGAGGAUGGUGAACGGCAAACCGAAGAAAGUGAGGAAGCCCCGGACAAUCUACUCCAGCUUCCAGCUGGCCGCCCUGCAGAGGCGGUUUCAGAACACACAGUACCUGGCGCUGCCGGAGAGAGCCGAGCUGGCUGCCUCGCUGGGACUCACGCAAACACAGGUCAAAAUUUGGUUCCAGAACAGGAGAUCAAAAUUGAAGAAGAUCAUGAAAAACGGCGAGCUUCCACCGGAGCACAGCCCCAGCUCCAGCGACCCCAUGGCGUGCAACUCUCCACAGUCCCCGGCCGUUUGGGACACGCAGGGCCCCUCCAGGCCGCACAGCCUACAGCCACAAAACAUCAACACGACGGCUUCUAACUUUUUGGAAAACUCGGGGUCAUGGUACACCUCAUCCGGCAGCUCCAUGGCUUCCCACCUGCAGACCCCUAACUCGAUACAGCACUCGUUGGCUCUUGGAGCGGGGACGUUAUAUUGAAAAACUCUGUUGUUCAUUUCAAAUCUUUUUUUUUCCUCCUUCUAUGGGACUCGUGUUCAAAUUUCAGAGGAAUAUGCAAUGUAUUUGAUGACAGUCAUAGAAGAAACGUGUAAAAUGUGUAAAUGUGUGCAUGUAAUUUAUUGCAUUUUGGAAGACUAUUAAACGUUUAAAUGGACAAUGGAACUUUGAAACCGCCGGCCUCACUGCAGUCUCUUGUUAUUUUACCCCUCAGUUAUUUACACUGAAAAUCACGACAAAGACUCACAGACAUAAAUAAUGUUUGUUAGCCUCAGGUGACAUUUCCACACCAGGUUGUAAAUCACAGCUGCUCCAUAUUGAGAUGAAUGUGUAAAAUGUCGUAGCCUAUAUCUAAUCUCAGUAGUUUUCAUUUGCCAAAACACCCACAAUCUAGAUUUAUUCCGUGAUUUUUAUUUUUUAUUUUUAUUAACGAUAUUACGCAAAUAAACUCAAUACUUGUGUUGGAGAUGGGGAUGAAAAAUAUCUGCCUUUUUGUGAGAAAUGUGCCUUUAUGUCACUUUAUGAUCAGGCUCAGUUUAGUCUACAUGUGCCAUAAUAUGGAAGGAAAAGAAGGGAAGUGCAAAUUUGUGACUUUAUUAAACAGACAUUAAGCAAGAAUGUGUUAUUGUAAAUACAUUUCUGAGAAAACAUGGCUACUAUGUGCCACGGUAAACCUUAACCUACCAUAAUAAUUACACUUAUACCUUAACUGAAUACCUGUGUGUCUUGAACAGAUUGUUUUUUUUUUUUCUAUAUUAGUUGUGAUUUCUGCAGAAUAACAUUAGAAUAUUUUAUAGAGACUAAUAUUGUGUCUGUGGAAGUCAGAAGUGGCUCCUUUCCUUCAUAGUAUUUUUAUACAAUCUGAUUUAUGGUGAUAUAGGCUUUGUAUCCUGAUAUUGUUAUAAUAAUCCAUAAUUUCAAAUUAACCCAAAUUGCUACAAUAAUCCCACAGUAUUUUUGCUACAUAUUUUCCCCUCAUAUUUAACAUUCUGAAAUCGUUGGAUCAUUUUAUUAUUAUUAUUAUUAUUAUUAUUAUAUUCACUACUGCCUCUGAUCAGCACCAGAAUGAUCACCUUUUUAUCAAUCAUAAUGUAUUUUAGUGGGGAACAUGAUUGAGCCUUUCAGUCGGUUCCAGCUCGUCUGUAAAGAAAAUGCCUGCUUCUUGCAGCAGACAGUCUGCAGUCGCUCUCGCUUUGCGUCCCCUACAAUUAGCCGCUUUGAAUGGCAGAGAGGAGGCGAGGGGGGCGGCACGGAGAUCUGAGACAAUCCGCAUUCCUGUGGGGGUAGACCGGCUCCAGAGCUCUGCCACUCCCGGCCGCAGCCCACCUUCCGGGUAAAAUAAAAAAAGGGGGGGAAAAAAGAAAAGAAAAAUCCUCCACAAUUUCACCAUGUUAUUAGCAGGCAGUAAUACCAGCGCUGCCGCUGCGAAACCGCUAAACAAACCGCGCCACUGUGAGAAACAUUGGGGAUUUGAAAAUUGAUCUAAUUGAAUUUUCCCGGCCAUAUGCACGAAGAUCAUAUGAGGGAGUUUUUACAGACGAACAUGUUGCACAAAAUCCUCCCUCGCCCCUCUCUCUCUGUCUCUCCCUCACACACACACACACACACACUAAACAAUACUGCAUCUGACCCACACACUGACCCAUGCAUGUUACCAUUUCCACCUGACACAGAAUCCUCUUCCUCUUCCUGAUUGCAGCCUACUGUAUACCCUUUACUCACACACACACACACACGCACACUGGAGCAAAAUGCUGCAGAAAAUGCUCGUCUUCAUCUGAAAACGCCACAGUGCUUGUUGUUGUUUUCAGCCUAAUUUCUGCUGUAGGCUAAACGGCAGUCCCGUAAUUACAAUGCGAGCAGGUCACUCGAGAAAUUUGGAUUUUUCACAUCGCACGUGCGCGCGCUCAAGAACACUCAGGCGCGCGCACAACCUCGUGCACAGAUGCACACACAGGCCUUUUACAUCCCUCUCAUAACACACACACCACUACUGUAUGUCUCCUUUCUCUCUCUCUCUCUCACACACACACACACACACACACUCACACACACUCUAACACACACACACUAGUAGUGCCAUUAUAUCGAGAGCCCCCGUUUAUUUCCAACCGAACAUUUUCCACUCAGCUAGUUUCCCCCGUUUUGCAAAUCGAGUCUAAAUAAUGACAGUUAGCUUUACUGGACAGCUUCAACUGUAACACUCCACAAUAAUUAUUCUCCAGGAUUAGGGCCUCCAUUAUCAUAAUCUGGACAUUGACAAUUACCUAUAAUUUGCAAAGAUGCGCUUGGUUCUUGAUUGCAGAGGGCUUUUUUUUUCAAGCUCGCCAUCACUAAACAGUGACAGUAAUAACAGCUAAUUUUGCAGGCAAUAUAUAAGAGCUUACCGGGGUGUGCAAACACUUUCCCACCUGGAUUUGCUUAUUCAACCACCAGCAGUAAAACCGUGCGGCGCUGUUUGCUUAGUCUAUGUUAGAGAAGCGGAGAAAGCCACUGGUCUCCAUCUCUCCUCCAUCCUGUCCCCUUCUCUCCUCUCCAUAUUCCUCUUCAUACCCACUCUACCCCUCUCUUCCUCUCCCCUCAACCUCAAACCCCCACCCCCCAUAGGUACGCCUCCAUCCCCUCUUGGCAGCUCCAUCUCUUCCUCGCCUCCCCCCUGUCUCUCCUCCCUCCUCUCCCUGGUUGGUUUCCACAGCUGUGGUGAGUGAGGGGCAGAUGACCGGAGAAUUGGCCCCUGGGAGAGCGCUGAGCCAUCCUGGUGCUAUUAGGCUCGUGGCUAAUAAUAGGUGUUUCAGACCAGGGGAAGAUCAAUCAGGGGGAAUCAUGGGGAAUGUUCGGAGCAGCGCUUUUUACACAUCGGCCCAGAUGGAUGAAAUUACACUUGUCAGUUUUUAGUUGCAUUACUCCCAAAUUGGUUGUCUACUCUUUUUUUCUCUCUCUCCCUCCCUCCCUCGCUCUCUCUCUUCUCUCCUUUCUCUCUCUUUGCCCUCAUUCAUGUGUCAGUGGCCUGCUAAAGGGAUUCGACAGUGAAAUCCCUGUCAUUUUUGUCUUUUCCCUGUUUAGCCCUCCGCCAGCAACUCUGUUGCCUGCAUAUGCACUUAGAAGAAAUCAGUUUAAGAUGUUGUCUUAUGGCUUGGGCAAUUUCCAUGUUAAAGGCAAGUGUACAGCUGACAUUCUGUAUGUGCUCUGCAUGUGUAAUAAAACAAUUUGAUUGACUCAUUCUCAAACACUCAUAGGAGAGUCGAAACGAUUAGUCCAUCAACAGGAAAUUAAUCGGCAACUCUUUAAAUAAUAGAUUCAUUAUUUUACUGAUUUGUCCAGCCAAAAUGCCAAAUGUUCAGUGGCUUGCAGCUUUUCCAAUGUCAGCAGUUGCUGCUUUUGUCUGUUUUAUAUCAUUGUAAUUUGAAUAUUUUGGAGGUUUUUAGACUGUUGGUCGGACAAAACAAGACUUAACCAUGGGCUCUGGGGAACUGAUGGACAUUUGGACUGAUGUCAAUUUUUUGCCAUUUCAUAGACUAAAUGAUUAAUCUAGAAAAUAAUCUGUCCUCAUCCUGGUUCUGAGUGGGAAAUAUAGGCUUAGAAUUAUGAUGCAUUUCUAAUAUUAAGUUGACUCACACAAAUUUGAUAAAUGUGUAACGUACAAUAAUUUUAUUGUGAUUGCAGACAAAUCUUGUCUAAUUGUAUUGUAAUUCAAUCUGUCAGGUGCAAAUGAAACCUUCAUGCUGUAUCUCACUGUUUGAAACUGAAUAAAAUUCACCACACAGUA